UGUUUUGCUUUUAGUUUUUAGGUGGGUUCUUCUGGGGUUUUUUUUUGGAUACUAAACCUGUUUCUUUAGAAUCCUGUGUAAGAUUUGUGACUUUGAUCAGACCGAAGAUAUCAGUUGUGGUGUGAAAAGCUAAAGCACCUUCUGUACUUUAAAAUGAAAGAUGAAAUUGCUGCCACAGUCUUCUUCAUCACAAGGCUAAUAAAAAGGCAAGACAAGCUGAGUAAACGAAAAAUGGAGAAAUUUGCAACUAAACUGACAACAAUACUGUUUGAAAAGUACAAGGAUCAUUGGUAUCUGGACAAUCCAUCCAGAGGACAAGCUUUCAGGUGUAUAAGGAUAAACAAACACCAAAGGAGAGAUCCACUGCUGGAGCAAGCUUGUGUGGAGAGUAAUGUGGACUUCAAUCAUCUUGGUUUGCCAAAAGAGAUGACGCUAUGGGUUGAUCCAUUUGAAGUAUGCUGCAGAUAUGGAGAGAAGAACCGGCCUUUCACGAUUGCUCAUUUCCAAGGAGAAGAGAACCGAGAGCUUCCACAGCAGAUCAGCUAUGCUGUUGAUAGAGCAGCAUUGGACUAUCAUUCUGGUACCUCUUCAGAUGAGGAGAGCUUCAACAAGGAGCCAAAAACGAUCCCUACUGUCAGCAAUCCUAACAGUGUCUAUCAGUUCAAUGACUUCUGCAAACCACCUAUACAGACCUGGUCUCAGUAUCUUCAUAGGAAGGCAUAUAUGACUGAUGGACCUCCUCAGACAGGCUCAUAUUAUGCCCAGCACAGGGGUUACAGAGUCUACAGGCCAACAGCUGCUUUCACAGGACCGCGUAUUGAUAGAUACCAUUGGAUCAAUACCAAGCGGUAGAACUGUGGGUGUGCCUGUUUCAGGCAGUUGAAACACUUAAGUGUGGCACAGAAUGAAGGCUGACACUGAAGUUGUGUAAAUGAUGUAAAAAGCACUGAUGCGGUCGUGUGUGUUUGAAACUAUACGGUUUUAUUAUGUAACCAUUUUAAUGUUUUAUUAGUAUUUAAAAUUGAAAAUUCAUGUGUAAGACUCUAUUUGU